UAGAUGGAAUCUAUCCAUGCUGCGAUAAGGAUCUGUUUGUUACUCUUAAUUCUCAAGUAUCAUGUUUAGCUACACCCAUCUCAAUGUUGAAAUAUGUUUUCAGAGCUACUAUGAUUAUUUUUUUUUAAAAGUACUCUCAAGAUGGUUUUGUGGGUACACAGCAAAACCACUUGGAUUUCCUUGGGCUGGUGGAGAGCCCACGCCCAGGCUGUUCAUCAUCUGCCUUCAUAUUUGAAACUGCUUGGCUCUUACAGUUAUUCUGCCAAUAAAUGCAGCUUAUUUGGAUUGCUGGAGCUUUCGUAGCAGUUAAUUGGAGCUUGAGCUUUGCCUCCUUUCCCCUAUAAAAGGAGAAGCACUUGCAGAGAGACUGGGUUCCUCUUUCUUCAUCAUCAAGCCAAGGCAGGAUUAUGGAAGCCAUGGCAACAAGGAGGAUCUUCUUCCUCUUGACUGGGUUGGUGGUCCUGGCUGGACCAUGUUUUGCAAACUCAUUUGGGAAAGACUUUAUCACAGUCUUCCCUACCAACCUCAAGCAACCUGACCGGAAUUCUAUCUUCGAGCUGGUCUUCACUACCUAUCACCCUGGAACCAACAUCACAGUGACAACUCACAAGGAUGAGCACCAGCACAUCAUUACUACCCAACAAGUGGAAACUGUUUCAUUUAGGCUUCCAGCCUCCAUUGAGAUGGUGGGGAGUAAUUUAUUUGAUGACACAGUGCAGAUCAAAGCAGACAAAGACAUCUCUGUCUUCUUCCGCAACCACAAGGACUACACAACUGGUGCCACGGCUGUGUACCCGGUCCAGCAGUUGGGCACACUGUAUUAUGUGGUGACCCCCGAGGGAAACAUGGCAGGCACUUUCAAAGAAUUUGCAGUUGUAGCCUACAAGUCUCCCACUCAAGUAGACAUUCUCCUGACUGGAUCUGUGUCGUUCGGAGGCCAGUCUUAUUCUGCAGGAAGCCGGCUGGUUGUUGACCUUAAGGCCUUCCAGGCAAUCCAGCUGCAAAGUUCAGAUGAUCUAACUGGCACCAGGGUGGAAUCUGUGGAACCUGUGGCUGUCCUGAGUGGGCACAGUUGUGCUAAGAAAAAUACACAUUGUGACCAUGUGAUCGAACAGCUCUUGCCUGUUCACAGCUGGGGCACCACCUUCAUUGUCCCCUCACUUAGCUUCCAGACCAGCGUUGACCAGGCAUAUAUACUUGCAUCCCAACGUGCUGCCAUCUUGUUGCAAACUGGGUUCAAAACACACUCCAUUUCUCUGGACCCUGGGGAAGUUUUCUACUUUAACAUCCGGAACUCUCACCCAGUUUACAUUUCUGCUGACGUGGGAAUCCAGGUGCUGUUCUUCUUCACUGGUGCCACAAGAGGAAGGAAAAUCUAUGACCCGUUCCUCAUCAACAUUCCACCCCUAACAAGCUACUGCACAUCAUACCACAUGGAUGCAAUGCAGCAAUAUGAUAAUUAUGUGGUCCUCAUAGCCAAAACCUCAGAAUCUACAGGGAUCGCAUUUGAUAAGAGAACUGUUCAAAACAUUCGCUGGAUGCCUAUCCCUGGCACUGAGUAUUCUUGGGCUGAACACAGGCUGAGCAGUAGAAUGAGUGCCUUGUCCUUAAAGCAUCCCAGUGCACCUUUUGGAGCCUUCAUCCUUGGAGCAUCAAAUGGUGAUGGCUAUGGCUCAGUGGGCCUUUGCUCUCCCAUGUGCCCAGUCAAUAGCCACUACAGGGACUGUGUUGACCUCUGCUCCACCAGCUGUGCCAUCAUCACGUCUGAUCGUCCACCAUGUUCACAGACUUGCACUGCGGGCUGCCAGUGCAAUGAUGGCUUCUUCUAUGAUGAUCACAAUGGCUGCGUUUCAGAAGAAAAGUGUGGAUGCCACAGAGAGGGAAUCUACUUCAGGCCUGACGAAGUGAAGCUGAUGCAUGAGUGUCAGGAUAGCUGCCACUGCAUCCCAGGCAAAGGGGUACUCUGCGAAGCCCACAGCUGUGCCACUGAUGAGACCUGCACAGUCCAAGAUGGAGUCAUGCGUUGUUAUAAGGAAGAUUCCAUCACCUGUCCUGAGAACAGCCACUAUGAGGCCUGUGGAAAUGCCUGCCCAGCCACCUGCUUUGACCGAUUUGCUCCCUCAGCGUGCAAUAACACCUGUGCAGAGGUCUGCCAGUGUGACAAGGGCUUUGUCCUCAGCGAUGGGAAGUGUGUCCCGGUGGAGAGCUGCGGCUGCUUGUACAACGGGAAGACCUACAAGGCAGGGGAGGAGUUCUGGGAUGAUGAAAGCUGUCAAACUCGCUGCAGGUGCAACCCCAGAUUGGCCAAGAUGGAGUGCAGGAAAGAUUCUUGCAAGGCCAACCAGAAAUGUAGGAUGGUCAAGGGCACAUGGGGCUGUCACACCACCAGACAUUCCACCUGCAUAGCAUCUGGGGACCCUCACUACACUACCUUCGAUGGAAAGAAGUUUGACUUCAUGGGGACCUGCAUUUACCAGCUGGCAGGCACCUGCUCUGAUGACCCCAACCUCACCCCCUUUUCGGUCACGGUGGAGAACAACAACCGAGGCAGUAAGGCGGUGUCCUUCACCAAGGUGGUGACCCUGGAGGUCUACAAUAUGACCCUCAGCCUGAGCCAAGAGCAUCCACAGAAGUUCAAGGUCAAUGAAGUCUUUGUGGACCUGCCCUUCUUCUAUGAAGAUAAAGUGAAGGCCUAUACUAGUGGUGUCCAUGGCUUCAUCCAGACAGACUUUGACCUGAAAGUCAGCUUUGACUGGUACAGCUAUGCCAGGGUCAUACUUCCCAAUUCUUAUGCCAAAGCUGUCUGUGGUCUCUGCGGCAAUGCCAAUCAGGAUCCCAGUGAUGACUUUAUCAUGAAGGAUGGAACUAAAGCAACUGAUGAAAUCCAAUUUGCAGACAGCUGGAAGGUGAAGGAGGUCCCAGGGUGCUCGGCAGGUUGUACUACUGACUGUCCAGUAUGCAAGGAGGCAGAAAAACAAGUCUACAAAGGGGACCAGUUCUGUGGGAUCCUCAUCAAAAAGGAUGGGCCCUUCAGGCAGUGCCACAAAGUCCUUGACCCAUCCUCCUACUUUGAUGACUGUGUUUUCGACACCUGCCAGUACAAGGGCCACCAGGACACUCUCUGCAGUGCCAUCAGUGCCUACGUGACAGACUGCCAAUCUCAGGGCAUCCAGAUUGAGCCAUGGAGAUCAUCAUCCUUCUGCAACCUUCCAUGCCCACACAAUUCCCACUACGAACCUUGUGGAACUAGCUGCCCUGCCACGUGCCAUGGUUCUGCCCCGGAAACAUGCGAAACGCCAUGCAUUGAAGGAUGCUUUUGUGACCCUGGGUUCAUCCUCAGUGGGGGCACAUGUGUCCCUUCUGCUGAGUGUGGCUGUGAGCACCAGGGCAGAUACUACAAGAAAGGAGAUGAGUUCUAUCCCAGCAGAUCUUGUGGAGAGAAGUGCCAAUGCUUGGGCAAUGGAAUUACGAAGUGCCGGCAGCAGUCUUGUGGACCAAAUGCAGUGUGCAGCGUGGAGAAUGGCGUCCAAGGCUGCCAUCCCAUCAGCUAUGGAACCAUGGUUGAAUCUGGGGACCCCCAUUACAUCUCCUUUGAUGGACUGAUUUUCACAUUCCAUGGCUCUUGCACAUAUACGCUAGCCAGAGUCUGCAGCAACGAUCCCCAGUUGGAGGACUUCUCAGUCCUGGUGAAGAAUGAGAAAGUAGAUGCUACCCCAUCAGUACUAGUAAAGGCUGUUGUGCUCUCUGUGUAUGGACAUACCAUUGUCUUGGAGAGAGGAAUAAAAUGGAAGAGUGUGGUGGAUGGAGAGCCCCGUAAUCUGCCACUGACCACAUUAGAUGGGAAAAUUAGGAUCAGCCAGGAAGGCAACAACAUCAUUGUCCACACACGGUUUGAUCUCACAGUCUUUUAUGAUACUUCCUCUUAUGUCCGUGUGACUGUCCCCAGCACCUACCAGGGGCAAAUGUGUGGUCUGGGGGGCAACUUCAAUGGCGACCAGAGUGAUGACUUCUUGCUACCCAAUGGCAAACAUGCUCAAAACGUGGAAGAGUUUGGGGCCUCCUGGAAGGUCUCUGUGGAUGGUGUUGCUUGUUCUGAUGGCUGUGGUGAGAGAUGCCCCACCUGCAGUUCAGCCCAGAUCGACCCAUACAGGGCUGAGCAGUCCUGUGGAAUGAUCCAGUCCAAAUCUGGCCCUUUCAGAGAAUGUCACCCCUUGGUGAGCCCUGCUGAGUACUUCGAGCUCUGCCUGUAUGACAUGUGUGCAACGGAAGGGGCGGAGGAAUCCCUCUGCCGAAGCCUUCAGGCCUACGUAGCUGCAUGUCAGGCAGCUGGAGGGGCAGUCGGUGCCUGGAGAACCUCCUCCUUCUGUCCCCUCGCCUGCCCAGCUAACAGCCACUACGAGACAUGCACCAAAUCUUGUGACACCAGCUGCGCUGCUUUGAAUGCUCCAGUCCAGUGCAUGAAGAAUUGCUUUGAAGGCUGCCAUUGCAAUGAUGGCUACAUGUUUGAUGGAGACACUUGCGUGCCUGUAAACAAAUGUGGCUGCGUACUUGAUGGACUGUACCUCAAGGUUGGAGAGAGCAUCUUCCCAAGCAACUGCACAGAGAAAUGUACCUGUGGUCCCUCCAACCAAAUCACCUGUGAGAGAACCAGCUGCCAGUCUAGCAAGACCUGCACACUUAAGGAUGGUGUACGUGCCUGUCAGCAAAGGGGAGUCCAGUGCAAAGUCAGCCCAGAAGGCCAGCUCACUUCUUUUGAUGGUGCCUCAGCAAAGUACCUGUGCAGUAAAGUUUAUGACAUAGCCACUGUAUGUGAUGGAAAUGCUUCCACCUGGUUUAGGGUAGCAGUGAGCAUCGCAAAGAAUAGUGAUGAUAGUCUGGCAGCUGGGGCAGCCGUCUACGUUUUUUUGCCGGAUACAUUCAUCACGGUGAAAAAGAACAAUAGGGCAUGGGUGAAUGGACGUCCCGUCAGGCUGCCAUACAACAGAAAUGGUGUAUCUGUGAGCCAAGUUUCAGAUGGGAUCAUAAUUGACAAGGCUUCUCAGUUGCAGGCUCAUCUUCAUCCUAAUGGAGAAGUGACUCUAAAGGUUGAGGAGACCUUUGCAGGAAAACUCUGUGCCCCAUGUGGAAACUUCAAUGGGGACAGCUUGGAUGACUUCAAGCUGCCCAGUGGGAAGAUUGAGAAGAACAUUAAUGAGGUCCUCCAUGCCUGGGAGGCCAAAGACCUCUAACAUGAGUAAAGAUCAUGUUUUUCAGGGACUUCUGGGAGUCAUGCAUGGCCUUGAGCUUUAACCAAGUUCACACCGAAGGACACCUCAUUCAAAAGGCCAUGACUCUUUCACAGAAACAUGGUUUUAUCAUAGCUUCUCCAGGUCUGUUGUUCCAGGCAGCCAAAUCUCAGUGCUAAGUGCAAUUCACUGUUCAGCAUUUAUAUUGUGAAUGGCAGCAUCACUUGUAGCAUUGUCAGCCAUUAGUUCACAUGUGUGCAAAAGCUUAGCCUCAAGCACCUCUUAUCAAGCAACGAGCUAACAAUAUUGUAGAUUCCCCAAACAGAAGCCACAACAAGAAAAAAUACAGAGUAGCCAAGAACAGUGAAAUGUGAAAAGAACUCUGUUUCUAAAUGUUUUAUCGAAAAGAAACAAGGGAAAACAGCAAAUCCAUGUCCUUUUGCAGUAACUGAAGUGCCACUGAAGUGAGAGAUUUUGCAUUUUCCUUGGCAAAAUGAAACAAAAUGGCAACAAAAACAUAGCUAAGACCACAUUUGAAGCCUUUCUUUGGAUCACACCCAAGGAUCUUGGAUAAGCAGUAAGAAAUUCCCGCUAUGUAAUGUUAUCUUGAAAUACCUUGCUAAUGAAGAUAAGAGGUUAGAAUUUGCAUAUCUAGAUUAAUCAUGGGAACACUGUGCAUGUAACUCUGAGACUGAAUGUAUGAUGAGGCUAUUGGUCUGUUAUCUGCUACUUAAAUUCCACUUUAAAAAGUAGAAACAUCAAAACUAAGCUUAUCGCAUUGCAAAGUUAACUGGUGAAUUGCUCGCAUAUACUUGUUCUUCCCAUGAUGCAUCUCAACAUAAAUAUGAACUAUCUCUCCAAAAUUUAUCUGAUAAUAAUUUCUGUUCUCUGAUUUGUUACCUUACUUUUGCAUAUAAUUCUGAAAUCAAAUAUGAGAUUUGUUUUGACCUUUGAUCUUUGGUCUGCUUUGAGAGAUUUUGAUACAGAAAAUAUUGUUGGACCAAUGUUUGCCCACUGUAUAAAUUCUAGUUUUGCAAAUUACUUGUGAACAAAUUCUUGAACUGCCUCAAAUGUUCUUUGCCUUAUGUGAUUUUUGCCUUUUAUUUUGUAACAUAGAGGUCCCAACCUGAAAAUUAUUGGACUAAUUUUUGAUAUGAUUCUAGUCUUUGAACUGUUUCUUAAACUAAACAAUGUGCCUAUACUUGUCAGUUUGGCUAUAUGAUUUCUAGAGAGUGGAAACCAUUACGUUUUUACCAUGAGAUUUGCUGCAAUAAAAGGUCUCUUUGAUCUUCA